AUGAACGUCAUCUACUCGGUCAAGGACUAUGUGAGCAACGUGUUCCACCAGGACUCUGGCUCGGGCGCCAUCGACGUCGUGGCGGUGCAGCAGCCCGACGGAUCGCUGCGCUGCUCGCCGUUCCACGUGCAUUUCGGCAAGUUUAAGCGCGAAGACAAGCAGCAGGUCACACUGGAGGUGAACGGCCAGGCCGUGGACGGCGUGCGCAUGAAACUCGGCGCCGCUGGGGAGGCGUAUUUUGUCCACCAGGUACAGGAACCCAUUGACGAGAAGGAUUAUCUGGCCUCUCCUUUGCCCAGUCCACUCAGCAGCAUUGGCGACGCUGAAGAAAUAUUGCAAAAUGACACAUUUGCUACCUCUGGGCCUCUGAAACCUGAAGACGAGGGAAAUACCGACGAAAUGCCACUGGAACUGAUCAACGUGAAUAGAAAUGAGUCAAGCGAUCGGUUGACGUGGGGAUGGGGUGCCCUGCCGAGUAUGCGGCCUGAGGAUGAAGCCGACGAUGAGUUGCCGAGUAUGGUUAAAAGUGCCUCCGUAUAUUUUGAUGCAGUGGAUAUCGAAACCACAGCAGCUGCUGAAGAUGUCGACUAUUACGAUCAUCCAUCGAUGUCCCUAUGCGGCCAUUUGCUGGACGAAGCGGAGACGGAGGAGGAAGUGCAUCAGAUCUUCUCGGAACAUAUUGUCACGUUUGACUUUUUCCGUGCCAACGCUACCAAGAUUUUGUCCAACCCGGACUUGCGGUUCUUCGUGCGUGGGAAAAUAUCAUCGUACGAUGAAAAGAUGCAGGCAUAUCUAGUCUCUCGCGUUCUGUUCCCGUACUCGCAGCAUUUACCCGUUGGUACAUCAUUAAACGACGUGAAAAUGGAGGAUACACUCGACGCCAGAAUGGAAAAUGCAUCGAAAACUCACGAAAACCUCCAUAUUGCUGGUUCUAGCCUUUCGCGUUCGACACACUGCCGUACAUUGGAGCCUCUACACGAAGUUUUAAGCGACGAUGGCGGGUCGACACAAGAUACGGCCAGCAUUACGAGUGAACCGUACUUCAAGAAAAGCUUGAAGCCAUCACAACAAGAGUUAGUUGAUAUGGGGCUCUGUGUGGGGAUGAAUGACAUCGCGUUUGUAUUGCGAUCGCACGAUUCGGGCGAAUUGGCUCGUGUGACGGCCAAGUUGUAUCUGUGGCCAGUGACGGCAAAAGUGGUCAUCGCUCAGAUCGAUGGAGCCAUUUCCAGUAGUGCAGCCACUGGCCGCAUGUUUAAGCGCCGAGAUCCAGCUGCAAUGCACCCAGGAGCAGUAGAAUUCUACUCGAAGCUGGCACGGAAUGGCUAUCGAGUCGUGUACGUCACUUGUCUCGGUCUAUCACAGGCCAAUUUGAUUCACGCACUACUACACAACAGCACUGAGGAUGGAGAAAUUGCACUUCCAAUGGGACCGGUAUUGCUUUCGCCUGAUCGGUUGCUAGCCUAUAGCAACGAGAUGAUUGACGCGGAAGACUUUAAGAUCGCUGCAUUGGGUGCCCUGCGUUCCCUCUUCCCGCGGGAAGUAAACCCGUUCUACGCGGCGUUCGGCACUACGCAAACCGACAGUGUAGUGUUCACUCAAGUGGGUGUGUUCUCAGGAAAAGUGUUCGUUGUGGACCCUACCGACGGUAGUUUACGACACCGGUCACUGAUGGGAUUCCAUGAAUCUUACACAAGUCUACUGGAUCGUAUGGACUCAAUGUUCCCGCCCAUCUACUCCCCAACGACACAAGUCCCAAUCUCCCGUCAGAAUAGCUUGCAGCUUAUUGUACCGACACUUCACUCGGUACCAAGCAACCUCAGCACAACGUCUAGAGUGUCAAUGAUUGAGGACGAAGAGCAUCUGGUAUCGGAAGCGGUUGCAUCGCAAGUGCGUGCACGGAGUCUCGCUGAUGAGGCGUACAACGAUAUCAACUUUUGGCGAAUUGAACCAGGCCGUGUCUAG